CAUUAACACUGCAUAUAAAACUUAGAGGACGUGUGGGUUCACUGGUGGUUUUGGUUAGUAAAUGAAAUGGCUCUGUCCGUGUUGUAAACAUUGGGUGGUUUCUACCACCAGCGCUAUAAAGAAAUCUGAGUCUAUAAGUCUCUCCACAACAAACCAUUCUUAUUUCAGGUUUCGAGUCAAACCACUCCGAAUGACUCUGUUUACAUCUCAAGGACAGAAUUAUUCAGAAAUUUAAAAAAAUUGGUGGAAUUGCCUUUUAGGUGAGUCUACUGUUGCUGUUUUUUGUGUUUUAUCCAGUUGUCAUAGCUGGUGUUGAGGUAAAUCUAUGCUUUAAAGGGGCCCUCCAACCACAGUAGUCACUACACUUCAAUUUUCUGGUUCAGAGACUAGGAACACCCCCUUCUGAUGUAUCUCAAAGGUUUGUCCUGACAGAUCCUACUACAUCAGGCUCUCCAGGGAAGAGCAAUGUAUGAAAAUGUGCCAACAGUGUCUGCAGCAGAGCGGCAGCAGGUGCUUCAGGCCUUGGAGAGACUGCAGUCUAAGCUGGUGCAGCGUGAGGAAUGGACUCAUAGUGAGCGUCUGGGAGCGCUGAAGGAAGCUCUGCAGAGCCCGCUGCUCGGCCAUAUAUUAACCCUGCAGCACUCUGUCAAACAGCUCCAAGACCAGCUCAACAGCAUGCCUCCAGACGCGUGCAGCGAGUUCAGUUUCUCCAGAAAAGGCCAGUUGAUCGUGAGUGCGAGUCGGCCAGGAAGCAGUGUGGGCUCUGUAGUGUCCAAUGGCACAAGCAUGUCCUCAGCGUCCUCAGAGCAGCUCCAGAGAUGGCUCCACGCUGCCGCAAAGGGAAGAAAAAUUGAGCAGGUGAAUCUGUUGAGGCCGUUGUCUGGAGGCCUGGGCUUCAGUGUGGUGGGCCUGAGGCCUGACGGAGUGGGCGCUCAUGGAGUCUUCAUCAAACAAGUGCAGCCAGGCAGUGUGGCAGCCAGAGAUGGCAGAUUGCAAGAGAAUGACCAGAUUCUUGCCAUCAACGGGAUUCCUCUGGACCAGAGUGUUACCCAGCAGCAGGCCAUUGCUUUCCUGCAGCAGCAGAGGGACAGAGUGGAGCUAGUGGUUGCCAGAGACAUUGCACCAAAACCAAGCCUUCAGCCAUCUGGAUUCAUUCAAACAGAGCAGUGGGGACACAUGGAGGAGAUUGAGCUGAUGAACGAUGGUUCAGGCCUGGGUUUUGGUAUUGUGGGAGGGAAGGCCACUGGAGUGGUGGUGCGAACUCUAGUGCCAAACAGUGUUGCCGAUAAGGAUGGACGACUGAGGACAGGUGACCACAUCCUGCGGAUUGGGGACACGCCCACGCGAGGGUUGACCAGUGAGCAGGUGGUGCAGGUGUUGCAGGCCUGCGGGACUCGAGUGCGCAUGCUGAUUGCUAGGGACCCUCUGGGUGAAACACAGCCUCCUCUACCUCCCCCACCUGCACCAGCCACCGCACCAGUCACCUCACUGCCACCACCCAUACCAGCCCGCAGAACCAGCAGAACACCCAACCUGGAAGGCUACGAGAUUCACGAAGUGUCUUUAAAGAAGAAGGAAGGCCAGAGUUUGGGCAUUUCUAUCGCUGGCCGCAACACACCAACCAGCGAAGACGGUACGGGAAUUUUCGUGAAGAGUGUGGUCCCAGGCAGUGCUGCGGAGCAGAGUGGGAAUAUCAUGGUCCAUGACAGAAUAAUAGCGCUGAAUGGAGUGAACCUUCAGGGUUUUACCACCCAGGAGGUCUUGGAUGUGAUGAAGCAGACGGGCCAGACUGUGCGCUUCACUGUGCUCCGCAAAAUCACUUCCCCAAAGAAAUCAUCUGUUGAAAAGUCUUUGGAUAAAGUCCAGAGGGAGCCAUCGCGUGUGUCUCUGAGGAGGUCUGCGGAGAUCAAGGUGCGGGCGGACGUUCAGACGGCGUCUCUGAUGGAGCCAGUGGAGCCGGCUCUGACUGCGAUCAAACAGCAGUCGUCUGGAAGAGUGCGAGAGCGAGUCCCACUGACGGAGCUGGAGUUGCGUACCAAAUGGGAGCAGGCGCUUGGCCCUCAGUAUGAUGUUAUGGUUGUUGAGCUGGACCCCGUCAUUGAAGACGAUGCUGAGCUGCAGAAAUAUUCAAAGCUUCUCCCAAUACACACCAUGCGUUUGGGUGUGGAGCUGGAUUCCUUUGACGGCCAUCAUUACAUCUCUACAGUGGCCCCUGAAGGCCCUGUGGCCAAGCAUGGCUUGCUUCGACCAGAGGACGAACUUCUGGAGGUGAAUGGAGUGCAGUUGUAUGGAAAAUCCAGGCGAGAGGCAGUUGCUUUUCUGCGUGAAGUCCCCCCUCCCUUCACCCUGGUGUGCUGUAGACGCCUCACUGAAGAGGGGACGGAGUAUCAGCCUGAAGAUGCUGAAGAGUGGUGCUCCAGCAGCCCUUCAGCCAGCUUACAGGAGCAGGCACAAGUGUUCCAGCAGGAGGUAGCUGAGCAGAGAAAAGUUCAGGAGCAAAGCUUUCCAGAAAGAGAAGUGGAGAGAAAGGAGACUGGAGAAGCAGAGGAGGAGGAUGAAGAGGGAGAGCUGGCUCUCUGGUCUACAGAAGUGCAGGUGCUGGAGCUGGAGAAAGGAGAGCAAGGCCUCGGCUUCAGCAUACUGGAUUACCAGGACCCUCUGGACACUACACGUUCUGUGAUAGUUAUCCGCUCGCUGGUGGCCGGAGGGGUGGCUGAAAGUCAUGGGGGCCUGUUGCCUGGAGACCAGCUGGUGUUUGUGAACAACACAAACCUGGAUAGCUGCACUCUGACCCAGGCUGUGGAGGUGCUCAAGGCUGCUCCAGCGGGCAAGGUCUACCUGGGCCUUAAGAAGCCUCUGGGGGCAGAGGAGAGGAGCAGUGUGGAGCUUUCAGCAGAACUGCAGGAGCAGGAGCAGGAGCAGGAGCAGUCCCCGUCCCCUACCCAUACUGAUCUACCUGUGCCAAAGGGCUUUGGGGAUGGCUCAGUCCUUCCAGAAGACCUUGAUGAGGAUCCUGAGCUGAUUCUGGACGACAAGCCCCGCUAUGCUUCUCCUCUAAUCACCACAGAGCUCCUGCCAGGCCUAGAGAGAGAGAUGACUGUAGAUGAGGACCAGGGACAGGAAGAGGAGGAGAGGCACCCCAGCUUAGAGAGUGACAGAGAGAGUCCGUUGUCAUACACUAGGAGGGAAUCACCUUCUGUGGAAGAAUCAGCUGUGACAAACCCCUACCAGAUCUUUACCCAGACUGAGGAGGAGAAUGAUGAGGAGGCCUUGGUCCAGAAUGAAGAGGACUUUCGAACAGAACUGGAGUCCAGCACAAAGAUCCCUCAGCGUCCAAUCAGUCAGCCGGUGAGGUCCUGGGUGGAGGCGCCGGAGAGUGAGGCGGACUCGGACUCUAGAACAGGAGGCUCAGAACUCACUCUCACUGAUACAGACACAGAGUCUGCACAGCUGGCUUCCUCUGGCAGGAGGAAGAGGAGGAAUCAAGGCAAUGCUAUGGUGCAGAUGAGAGAAGGGCACAGUGAUCUGCCAGAGAGAGAGGAUGGAGAGGGAGAGGAAACGCCCAUCUUUAGUCACUGGGGUUCCCCACGCAGGGUGGAGGUGUGGCUGGAGCCGGGGGAGUCUCUGGGGAUCAGUAUCGUCGGAGGCCGGACAGUUAUAAAGCGCCUGAAGAACGGAGAAGAGUUGAAGGGCAUCUUCAUCAAACAGGUGCUGCCAGACAGUCCUGCAGGACGCACACGUGCGUUCAAGACUGGAGACAAGAUCUUACAGGUGUCAGGAGUGGACCUGCAAAACGCCAGCCAUGAGGAGGCAGUGCAGGCCAUCAAAGCAGCUUCCAGCCCAGUGGAGUUUGUCGUGCAGAGCCUUUCUUCCACUCCUCGGCCUGUUUCAGUCACAGCCUCCAGUAUACGACAGCACAAGGCCAAGAGGAAAGGCAUGCAGAAAACAGGACAGCGGACUGCGCCUCCUCCGAUGCGCCUCCCUCCACCAUACAGACCUCCCAGCGUAAUGCAGGAGGAGGAGGAGGACCCCGAACAGGCCACAGAGGGGAUCAGGCAGAAGUACGGGGAGCUGCCGGGGGAGCUGCUGCUGGUGGAGUUGGAGAAGGACCGGCAGGGUUUGGGUCUCAGUCUGGCGGGAAACAGAGACCGCUCGUGCAUGAGCAUCUUCGUGGUGGGCAUCACCCCUGGGGGGCCAGCCAGCCGCGACGGACGCAUCAGAGUGGGGGAUGAGUUACUAGAGAUCAACAACCAGGUGCUUUAUGGGAGGAGUCACCAGAACGCUUCAGCCAUAAUAAAGAGCGCUGCAUCUAAGGUGAAGCUGGUGCUGCUCAGGAAUGAAGAUGCUAUCAAUCAAAUGGCAGUACCACCUGUUCCCUCCCAGUCUUCCUUUCUGUCUAAUGAGAUCUAUCAGAACCUCACAGCAGCUCCAGUACCUGCAGACAAGCCCCAGCCUCCAGAGAGCCUGCCGCUCAGUAAGAGUUCCCUAGAGUCACUGACCAAGGAACAGUCAAGCGAGGCUGCUCUAGUUAGCCCAGAGCUUCCAGAGCCUACAGAGAAGAGCCUGCAGGAGGGCGAGUCUGCCUCCAAGAAGCUGAAGUCUUCAGAGAGAGGGGUGGAGACUGUGAGUGAGAGACUCUCCAGGCCUCCUUUGGAGAAGACCCCUAGCCUCCCAAAAACCCAGAGAAACUCCAGCAAGCUACCAGCAGGCUCUGCAGACGUGCCGGCACCCGUAGCUUCAGUUCCUCCGUCCAGCACCAGCCCAGACUUUGAGUACUGCAGCAAAGACCCUGCGACAUGUCCCAUAGUUCCAGGGCAGGAGACGGUCAUCGAGAUCUCGAAGGGCCGCUCCGGACUGGGCCUCAGUAUAGUCGGAGGCAAAGACACUCAGCUGGAUGCCAUAGUGAUCCAUGAGGUGUAUGAGGAGGGAGCUGCAGCACGGGACGGACGACUGUGGGCAGGGGAUCAGAUCCUUGAGGUGAAUGGCGUGGACCUGCGCAGCGUAGCCCAUGAAGAUGCCAUCGCGGCUCUGAGGCAGACUCCAGCUAAAGUGCGUCUGACAGUUCUGCGGGACGAGGCGCAGUACCGUGACGAGGAAAACCUAGAUGUGUUCACUGUGGACCUCCAGAAGAAGAGCGGCCGUGGCCUGGGCCUCAGCAUUGUAGGCAAGAGAAAUGGCACAGGUGUCUUUAUCUCAGAUGUAGUUAAGGGUGGAGCAGCUGAUGUGGACGGGAGACUCAUGCAAGGAGACCAGAUCCUCUCAGUGGACAGAGAGGACAUGAGACAGGCCUCUCAGGAGACCGUCGCUGCCGUCCUCAAGUGUGCCAGGGGGAUGGUGCAGCUGGAGCUGGGCCGGCUGAAGGCUGCCUCCUGGAUCUCCUCCAGACGCACCUCACAGGGAAGCCAGAUGAGCCAUGCGAGUAACACAACCAAUAGCAACGCUGCUGCCCCUGCGGCCCACACCACCAUCAGCCCACCCAGCCAGCCCCCCAGCACCACCAGGAGAACUGCACACGAACCCAACAACAAAAGCUCCGGAUCUGAAACAGGCCUCCGCACAGUGGAGAUCACCCGAGGCCCCACUGAUGCGUUGGGUAUCAGUAUAGCGGGGGGAAAAGGCAGUCCCCUGGGGGACAUCCCAAUUUUCAUUGCCAUGAUCCAGGCUAAUGGAGUGGCUGCCAGGACCCACCGCCUCAAGGUGGGGGACCGUAUUGUGAGUAUCAACUCCCAGUCUCUGGAGGGUCUGAGCCAUGGCGAAGUAGUCAACAUGCUAAAGAACGCCUUUGGCAGCAUUGUUUUACAGGUGAUUGCAGACACUAACAUCAGCGCCAUAGCCAGUCAGGUGGAGAGCAUGUCCUCAAGCUCCGCCCUCAGCACCAAUCCAGAGACCCAGCCUACAGAACCAGAAACUCCCAAGCCAAAGAGCAUCACUCUAGAGAAGGGCUCUGAAGGACUGGGCUUCAGCAUAGUGGGUGGCUUCGGGAGCCCACAUGGAGAUCUUCCCAUCUACGUCAAAACAGUCUUCAGCAAGGGGGCAGCAGCGGUGGACGGGCGUCUGAAGCGCGGGGAUCAGAUCCUGUCUGUGAACGGAGAGAGUCUGGAAGGAGCCACACACGAACAGGCCGUGGCCAUCCUGAAGAAGCAGCGAGGGGUCGUGACGCUGUCUGUACUGUCCUAACACGCACUUACACGCACAUGAAGGACUGCCUGGCAGGGAGCCAGCAAGAACUGCACAACUUACUGAACUCACAUCUUCAUUCCUGACAUUUCACUGAGAAGAUGGAGUCUUAAUGCAGCCUCCGCACGCUGCAGAGACGCAGCUCAGUCGGCCACCUCCAUCACCUUCAACUGCAGCACAGCUGAAUCAUACAGACUGCUGCAGGGAGACGGGGGUAAACAGAGACUCACAGGUGGACUGGAAGGAGAGAAAGACAGAGAGAAAGACUGUUGAGACUGAGUAGCACUUUCCUCAGCUUCUACUUCAAGCUUGACCCCUUUAAUAUCUGUCUGUGUGUCCGUGUGCGUGUGCUGGAUCCGUGGCUAAUGAAGAAGGGAAAUUGCUGAUGACCUGUGAGCUCGGAUCCUUUUCAUUAUCUUUGUUUUAUGUGCAUAAUGAGCAGGCAUUGAACCUGGCUGACUCUUCUGUUGGCAGCAGCAGCUGAGGGAGAUGUGAUUGACCUGAAGGAAACUGCUUCAACUCAAAGAGCUCAUUCAGACCUAAUCCACACACACACACACACACACACACACACACACACACACACACACACACACACCCCAACACGACUCUCCUCAGAAUCACCAGCCGACUGACACUAGGCUCUCAAAAUCACAUUGCUUAAUAAAUAAUCAGUAGUCACUGAUCACAUUUCAGAUCCAUAUUAUUGCAUAGAAAACAGGGAUGUAAUGUGAUAAGGGAUAUAUUGUUAAUGUUAUACAUAAUCUAUAUAACAUGUAUAUUGGCUAUGCUGUACUGUGCAAAUGUCUAAGGCACCUAAGCAAAUUGUUUGAAGUCAUUUAUCUCAGCAGUAAUAGUUUUUGUCUACAAACACUAUGUAACAUGGGUAUCUAAUAAAUGUAAAUGCAGUAACAA